UGUAAUGCUGUUUUUGGAAUUGUUUAGUCCUCCUCUGCUGAGAUAUUGAGAGAUUUAAUGUCUUUUGUUGACAUUUGUCAUUUGUCUUUUGUAGCUGCCAACAUGGUUUUGUAGUUCACAUGACAUGGUCAUCUACAGUUUCAGGAUAAAAAAAAGAAGUCUAUAUUUCUUUUAAAGGCCAUCAGUGUCAAAUGAAUUCACUUCCUGUGUGGUUUUAGCACUAUUUUAAAGCAGUAGUCAUCAUCCUAAAGACCACAGCUUCUAUGUGAAGACAAACUGUAAGACACAGUGAAUCAUGGAAUUAGAGGCAGUUUAUGAAAAUGCUGAAAGCACAAAUAUUAAGGACACAACUGGAUCUGAAAAACCAAGUAACAACCAGAAUGAAGGAAAAGAAGAAAAAACUCAAAAGCACAGAGGAAGUAGGUGUUUGGUGUUGAUGACAGUGUGUCUCGGGCUCAUUUGUGUUGUUCUGCUGGUCUCCAUCAUACUGCAGCACAUCUCCAUCACAGCAGAGAGAGAAUCUCUGUUCAAGAGUUACAAGAACACAGUUGAAGAGUUUAAUCAGACCAUCAACAGCUUACAGCACAAUUACACUGAUUUAACACAGAAGAACCUGGAGUUGGAGAAAAAACAGUUACAGGAAAGUGUUGACUCUUUGAGUCAGAAGAAACUGGAGUUAGAAAGCAAAGUCACGUCUUUGAGUGAUGAACUAAAGAAGGCAGCUUCUAAACGAAUUUUUUUCCCCACAUCCAGUGUGUCGAAGAGCUGGUCUGAGAGCAGGCAGUACUGCAGGGAUCGAGGAGCUGAUCUGGUCAUUAUCAACACUGAAGAGAAACAGAGGUUCAUAUCUACAUUCAUCAAGGAGAGAGUGUGGAUUGGUUUGACUGACAUUGAGAAUGAGGGCAGAAUGAAAUGGGUGGAUAAUUCACCACUGAAUCGAGGGUAUUGGUUCAAAGGUGAGCCGAAUAACUAUGGUGGAAAUGAGCACUGUAUUGAACUGAAUCCUUCAAGAAACAUCCUGAGCAACUGGAAUGAUCAUCUAUGCUCACUUAGGAAAAAAUGGAUUUGUGAGAAUUAGGGUUUCAUCCUGUUUUUCAUGCCUUUACUUGUAUUAUCUUAUGGAAUCAGUCUUAUUUUUAUUACAUAAUUCAUUAUUAAUGUUUCUUUUCAAAGACAUUUAGUUCACUUUUUUCGUACCAUAAACAAUUUCUGUGUUUUGUUACCACUUGAUGUUCAUGUAAUGUCCUAAUGCAAAAUCACAUUGAUUGGCCUGGCUGUGUGGAUUGGAGCAUUGUCCUGCAUGAAAAACCAAUCCUUCAAGUUGGGAAACAUUGUCAGAGCAGAAGGAAGCAAUUUUUCUUCCAGGACAAUCUUGUAAAUGGCUUGAGUUAUGCAUCCUUCACAAAGACGUAUCUGCCCGAUUCUAGCCUUACUGAAGAACCACCAGAUCAUCACCAAUCCUCCACCAAAUUUCACAGUGGGUGCGAGAGACAGUGGGUUGUAGGCCUCUCCGAGUCUCUGUCUAACCAUUAGAGGACCAGGUGGUGGGCAAAGCUGAAAACUGGACCCAUCAGAGAAGAUCAGAAUCAGGCAGAUCUGUCUUUGUAAAGGACGUGUGACUCAAGCCAUGGACAAGGUUAUCCUAAAAGAAAACAUGCUUCUGCUCUUAGUGUUCCCCAACUUGAAGGAUUGUUUUUUCACCCCGCAGGACAAUGCUCCAAUCCACACAGCCAGGUCAAUCAAGGUCAAUCAAGGACCACCAGAUCAAGAUUGCCAUCAUAAUCUCCAGACCUGAACCCCACUGAAAACCUCUGGAUUGUAAGCAAGAGGGUCAACAGCCAUUAAAUAAAGUCAAGCUGCUUGAAUUGUUUUGCCAGGAGUGGCAUAAAGUCAGUGUGACCGACUGAUAAGGAACAUGUCAAGAUGCAAGAAAGCUGUGAUUAGAAAUCAGGGUUAUUCCACCAAAUAUUGAUUUCUGAUCUCUUCCCAAGUUAAAACAUUAGUAUUGUGUUGUUUAAAAAUAAAUAUAAACUUGUUUCCUUUGCAUUAUUCGAGAUCUUUUUUCGUUAUUUUGACCAGUUGUCAUUUUCUGCAAAUAAAUGCUCUUAAUGAUAACAUGCUGUCAGUUUGUAGAAUAAAUCAAAAAUGUUCAUUUUACUCAAACAGAUACAUAUAAAUAAUAAAUCCAGAGAAACUGUAAA